CGGCAGUUGCGGCGGCCGGAGACCUGUGGAGGAGGCGGGGUAAAAUGGCGGCCCCGGUGCCCACUGCCUGCUGGGUCUGUGCCGCCGCAGCCCUGCUCCUGGGGUGCUGCGGUGCAGCGGUCGCUAGCGGCGUCCAGGAUCAAGCAGAACAGUUCUUUAGAAGUGGACAUACAAAUAACUGGGCAGUUUUGGUGUGUACAUCUCGAUUCUGGUUUAAUUAUCGUCAUGUGGCAAAUACUCUUUCAGUAUACAGGAGUGUCAAGAGACUGGGCAUUCCUGAUAGUCACAUUGUCCUGAUGCUGGCAGAUGAUAUGGCAUGUAAUCCUAGAAAUCCCAAACCAGCUACUGUGUUUAGCCAUAAAAACAUGGAGCUAAAUGUGUAUGGAGAUGAUGUGGAAGUGGAUUACCGAAGCUACGAGGUUACUGUUGAAAACUUCUUGCGUGUAUUAACAGGAAGAAUCCCACCAAGCACACCACGAUCUAAACGUCUUCUUUCUGAUGACAGAAGCAAUAUUCUAAUAUAUAUGACAGGCCACGGUGGAAAUGGUUUUCUAAAAUUUCAAGAUUCUGAAGAAAUCACAAAUGUAGAACUUGCUGAUGCCUUUGAACAAAUGUGGCAGAAAAGAAGGUACAACGAAUUGUUGUUUAUUAUUGAUACUUGUCAAGGAGCAUCCAUGUAUGAACGAUUUUAUUCACCUAAUAUAAUGGCCUUAGCUAGCAGCCAAGUUGGAGAAGAUUCUUUAUCACAUCAACCUGAUCUUGGGAUUGGCGUUCAUCUUAUGGACAGAUACACGUUCUAUGUGCUAGAGUUCUUGGAAGAAAUUCAUCCAGCCAGUCAGACAAAUAUGAAUGACCUAUUUCAGGUCUGUCCAAAAAGUCUGUGUGUUUCCACGCCUGGGCACCGAACUGAUCUCUUUCAGCGAGACCCGCAAAAUGUUCUGAUUACAGACUUCUUUGGCAGUGUGAGAAAGGUGGAGAUUACGACAGAGACAGUUUCUUUGGACAGUGACUUAGCUGGUUUUGAGAGCAAGCUUCCAAAGGAUGAGUUGGCAACAGAACCACUAAAAUAUGCUGAACAACUUCCUGUAGCUCAGAUAAUACACCAGGCACUAAUGUCAAGAUCUCAGCAGAAACCUCCCAGGGAACAGCAACAUUCUGGGCUAUACGGUGUUCUGCUCCUGCCCCCACAGCUACAUAAAUUUUCUUCCCUUAGAAAUUCCUUCCUACCCAUGUUUCUUUUCAUCUUCCCUCUCUUUUUCUGUGCUGCCUAUUCAUUUAUUUUCAUCUCCUGUUUUAAUCUUCUCAGUCCUUCAAGUAUGCUGUAUGUGCCCUCUAAAGGAGCGGUUCAGACACAGCAGAGCCUGCAAUUUCUUAAACGCAACAGGACCUGUUCACGAGGCUGAAUUUUUCAAGCAUCCAAGUGCCCUUGAUUCACACUGGGAGUUCAGGGUGCCCAUGACUGAGUCCGCUAUAAACAUGUUACAAUGUCAUUAAUGUCUCAAACGCCUUGAGAAUAUUUCAGGAGCCAAGACUGAGCCUGGUGCCUCUGCAGAAAAAGAAAUGCUUCCAUCACAUGCACAGCUAUAGGCCUCCUGCUCUGGACAGGUGAUGUAGAACCAGAAAGACCAGCUUGCCUGAAAUUGCACAGCAAUUUCAGGAAAGGAAUGGGACUCUGGCUCCCCAUGGCAGAACUGGCCACACUGAAGCAGAGCGGAUAAACUGUUCCUCAAAACUGGGGACUGCGAGUGGUUUUACACUGAGACUAAUCCAGGAAAGGAGGUGGCAGUGUGCAUUCCUUAUGUGCAGGGUUGGACCCUUAGUACAGCUUUGUUAACUUUAAUGCUUUUGUAAAUACUGGGACUACAGAUAAUCCUUUGCAUUUUUCUUGAAGGAUUCAAAUGCCUAAUUCCCAUAGAUUAUAACCUUCUCACUUCGCUGUACUCUCGGUGAACAAACCUGGAAAUGACCGUAACACAGCAGAACUGGCAGGGUAUCUCCCCUUGUAUCAUUCCUUCUCGUUCUGGCAGAGACUCACAACCACGGAUUAGAGGUUGAAAAGAAAAGCACCUUUAAUGGUAAGAAACUGACCAAGUUACUGCGUGCUCUAGUGUUGGUGUGAGUCAAUCAAGAACUUACAGUGAAUCAAACUACACAUCUAACUGAACGGAGCUCUGCAAGUGAACCUUGUCGGGUGUGACAGAAAAAGGCAGCAAAUGCCAAGCAAAGAUACAGUUGCCACUGGCUAAGAGGAUACAACAGUUUCCUCUAACACCGCUUCUGCCUUUGUUGUGCAGCCCAGAAGACAAAGUCUGUGCUCUUUGAGUCCUCCCUGUCCAGAAGAGGAUGGAGCACAACACCACACUUUGGAGUGUAUGUAUACAGUAUUGGUGAAGUUAGAAAAUUUCACCAUGAGUUACUGCACAAUAAACCUACCUCUUCAUUUGUACCUGAGGGGAGACCCUGUUCCACUUUUACAGCAACAUAUUUAAUAUGUAAAAAAUAGGAGUUCAUUAAAAAGAAAUGUAUUUCUUGCUAGGAAGUCUUUGGCUUAAACGCCCAUUUUCAAACAGUGUAUGUGAAAAUGCUCGAGUCCUGCAAUGGGUCACUUAUUAAAUCUUUGAUUUGAAGAUCAGCCUACAAGUCAUAAACAGUCUCAUAAAGAUGUAACUAUCAUAAUAACUUCCCUUUUCCCAGUUGAAAAUACAAGAUGAACUGUUCUGAAGCACCUAAUGUAUGACUAAUGUUUAUUUGUUUUACAAGAAGCUUUACAGCUGCAAUGUUCCAAGAAUGCUUAAAUUCAAUAAACAGCUAUUAUAAUUCACUGAAUGGUGACAUUUCCUCUAUAAGAAAACAUAACCUAUCCAUUCUGAUUUUUCAGAGUCAGUAAAAAAACUUUCAGGUAUGUUACCCCAAAGUGAGAUUUAAACAGGUCCUGCCUCCCUGGUUGUACAAACUGUACAUCCAGAUUCUGGUAUUCUAAGUUGAUGAGGCAAUA